UGAAGCUGAAAAGCUGGAUAUAUCGAACGAAAUGUGCACCUUGAAGACGACGUCGAGAUGAAAUGUUGGACUGAACAACCGGUUGACCAACCAGCGCCAAGACCAUGUCAGCAAGCUAGCCUUAUUGGGCGCCGUUUAUCACGUGAUGUGCUAUCCGGCUCCGCGCCGCUCUUCGACCUCAACUCCCACUUCGGUGACGGCAUCAGAAUUAUUCGGUGCCGCCAAUUGUCGUCUUCCACACCAUGAUUCUUGCUCGGCGAUCGGUCGCUCCGGCGCGGCUUCUGCUGCGAAACCAGCAACGGCGGUUUGACUCACAUGCAGCUCACCACGCUGCACCUGUGAACGAGAGCUUUGGUCGCAGUUUCUAUGUCACCGUCGGCACCUUCGCUGGGUGUUUUGCCCUCUACCAAUUCACAAAGCCUACCAAGGGGUCCGACUCGAAAUCCUGGUUCACCGGCCUCAUUGAGAAGUGGACUCCCUCGGAUAAGAUCUUUGAGGAGCGAAAUGCAAUUCACACCGCUGCUGCGGAGAAGGCCGCUCAGGACCGUCACCUCUUCCUGAGCCGGGACGCUAGCGAUGUUUAUGAAUUGAAGAGCCCCGAGACGAGCUUCCAGCCCGGCCACCCAUACAAUGUCGUCGCUGGCAGCAAGGCCGACUUGAGCCACGUUAUCGCGCACUAUGAGCAAAAGAACCAGAAGAUUGAAGAGGCUCGCAUUGCUCGUAUGCAGGAUGGCAAGGUUAUUUCCAUAUAUGACUAGAUUUGAAUUUGUUCUUGUGGGGGUUCGCAAAAUGCCGAUGGUAGACAUGACCAUUAAAGGUGUGCUGUACAUAUAGUUAUUAAAGUUUCAGGCUUCGUUCAUUGGCUUUUCAUUUGUGCUCUUAUGCUCCACUCAAAGUUAUUUUUGCUAUACCGUAGUCAUUGAAGAACUAGCCGACGGCGAAGUGUAACGAAGGGCAUUGAAGUU